AUGGUUUCAUUGUCAAAAUCAAAAGUAAUGGAAGAAAAAAUGGAAGAAAAAAUUGAAGAAGAUACAGAUGUUGUACUAAUGCGUGACAUGGGCUAUGAACAAGAAUUAUUUCGAGGAUUUUCGGGUUUAAUGUCACUUACCUUCUGCUUUACUGCAGUUAAUGUUUUAUGUUCAAUAUCAAUUGGAUUUAAUUAUGGUGUGAAUACGGGAGGACCGGGAGUCAUUAUUUGGGGAUGGAUAAUUGGCUCAUUUUUUACUAUUAUAAUUGGAUUAUCAUUAGCAGAAAUUUGUUCCACGUAUCCUAGUGCUGGAUCUGUUUAUCAUUGGGCAGGACAGCUCGUACCAAUAAAAUAUUCACCAAUAGCAUCCUUUAUCUGUGGAUGGUUCAAUUUUCUUGGAAAUGUUGCCGGUGAUGCAGCAUUCAGUUCUGGUUUUGCGUCGCUUAUUAAUGCUGCUGUCGUACUGAAUAGUGCACAAAAUGUAGCAAAUGUGGCAAAUGUGACAGAUGUGAUAAAUGUCACAUUACCUAGCAUUAAUCAAGCACCACUGAAUAUCAAUACACAAGUUGGUGUAUCAAUUGGAGUUACAGCAUUGUGGUCCAUACAAAACGCUCUUCGAAUUGACAAACAAGGAUGGUUGAAUAAUUUGGCUGCAUUUGUUCAAGUUGGAAGCACGAUUACGAUCGUUGCUGUAAUUCUCAUAAUGACAAAAUAUCGAGCAUCGGCACGUACUGUUUUUCUAACAACUUAUAAUACAACAGGAUUUACAUUUGGUUAUGUUUGCAUCAUUGGAAUAUUAUCAACAUUGUUUAGCUUCUCUGGAUAUGAGGCCGGUGCCCAUUUAGCAGAAGAGACGCGAGGAGCGGGUAAAGCGGCGCCUAAAGGGAUUGUUGGCACAUGUGUUAUUAGUGCUUGCAUUGGCUUCGCUUAUCUACUAGGGUUGCUAUUUGCUAUACCAAAUGUCGAUGAUUUCGUAAACAAUUCUGAUAAUCCAAAUUUGGGCGAAUUUAAUUUAGGAAAAUUUGGUGUGCUUAUAGGUACGAAAGAUAAUAUGAAUUGGGCCAUAAUUGUAGUAGCUGGCGUAGCAGUUAUUGCUACUGUAUAUUGGCUAGUAUCAGCGAGACAUUGGUUCGUUGGUCCAAAAAGGGCCAUCGAUUUACCAGACGAUAAAAACAACAAUUCAUCAGAUACAAUUCAUCCGAUAGAAACAAUUUCAUCAAAUGACCUCUAA